AUGACUGAAAGCGAGCCUGUGUCUGUGGUCCCUGCACAGCUUGCGUUUCUAACCAUCUACAACCCCUCACUCGGCAACACAGACGAGACGAUUGAGGAUCAAAUCGUCUUUUAUUCGUCCCAACCGACUCGUCCAAGAUCAAAUGCAGGCACCUCCGCUGAAGAUCCAGCAUCGGGCGAACACAAGGAUGAUACGAAUCAGAGAUUGCGCCAGGUUGGGCUGGCGCAGGGCAUGGUGAAUUUCGCCAAAAACUUUUCAGGUGGAAAGGCUGUGGACAACAUUGAAACUGAGAAAUCGCGUGUCGUUCUUGACGAGUUGGAGACCGGCUGGUGGAUUCUUGUCUCCAUAGAUCUUACACGCCUUCCUUCCUCGAAUACCUCCUCGGAUUUUAUUCCAUCUCGAACGGAAUAUUCGUCGCGCGAGUUAUUUCCACCUCAGUCCAUAAUCCAGCAACUACGCCGAGCCCAUUCGAUAUUCCUCCUCCACCACGAUAUAUCUUUGGACAAUCUUUACAAGCGUGUAGGGAGACAAACCUUUUGCAAGUUCCUCAACCGUUUCUGGAGCAAGUUCAUCAGGAACUGGCUGGUGCUGCUCAAUGGAAAUCCAGCAGUGGAUAUAUUCAAUGGCAUCAAACUAGCACUGGGUGGUGAACUCGGCAUUGGCGUUGGAGAAGAAGAAUGGGGCAGUGGGGAGCGAGAGGUCCUUGAGGAUUUUGUGUCCCGAACAAAUGGCCUCGUGGACUUGGUUGUCUCCCGAUUCGGCGAUAUUCCUGAAAAGGCGAAUCAUGAUAACAGCAAUACUGAGUCAGAAACUCAGCCCUGGCUAGGCUCGGAUCAUAUCCCGCAGCCGUCUGAUGGCGUGAUAUUCUCUGGCGUGGGCUCUCUGUCACAAAACUCUUUGGCGCGUAUAUCUCACUGGAUGGAAUGGAUAUACAGAUAUGGCGGAGCCGCAUACGGCGUGGAUGAGAAUCCAGCCUCAGUCCGUCGGCAAAGAAAGACAACAAAAAGACGCCCAACGGCUGGGAUUUCUCCACUACCACACCACAAGAAAUCAAAAUCAAAAUCUCAGACGCAAAGCGGGAGGACUUCGCCUGGGAUUCCGCCGCCUCUAGUUAUCGCCACGGCUCCGUCUACGCCGUCACAACCACAAACAGAAAACCAGGAAAUAGAGGACAGUAUGUUCGGCACCGAAGCUUUGAUGAAAUAUCUCACUCUAGGAUAUGGCUCGGCAUGGAAGUUUCCAAACUUGGCAACAAAUGACUCUACUGAGACAACAGAUACAGCCAACAGCCCUGGGAAAGACACCGCUGGUCAACCAAUAUCUGGGGAUAACCAAACUGACGAGAGUUUGGGAAAGUUCAUCAUUGGUCUAAAAGACGACUUGGAAGAGGAAAUGUCUGAUGAGGAUAGCGCUGAAGGGGUUGCUCCUGGCACACCUCACGUACAAGGAGAAGCUAAAAACAACGCAGAGAGAUCCUAUAAAAAACUGCAAGUCUUGGUUUAUGUGCGUCGACCGUUUAUGUUCAUCUUCCUGUUCGAUCUUCGAACGCCGUCCCUGUCCCUGCCUUCGUUCUACCGCAGUAUCCAUCACCAACUUGGCCCUUUGCAACGGCCUCUUCUAUCGUCGACGUCCCCACAUAACGUCUAUCGCCGAAUACAGCUCUCGGACGCCGAGCAGCCGGGCAAUGGCAAAAGGGCGCUUUCCAUAAUUGAGAACCCCAUAUACGAUCUAAUCUACGACCCAAGCAACUUAACAGUCCGCUCAUCCAUUCCCAACAUCCCAGAGCCCGGCAUAGGAGGAGGACCAUCGACUUAUGCAUCCCCUUUCGCAAGUCCCGGCAACAACAACGGGCAUGAUAAAUGGACUCGCGUCGAAGCCCUCAACGUACACAGCCAGUUUCUGAGCACAUACACAGACACGCGCUCUCGGCCACUCGAGAUGGAGCGAACGUGCAAAACCAGUCGUGGCUGGUGGCUCGUCUGGGUGCGCGUCAACGACGGCGACGACCACCACCACCACCAGUCUGUAACGCCUAGCCAGACUGAUCAGGAGCAGCCAGCUAGUUUCAAAGAAGCCUUCUUAGUCCGAAAGGCCUCCGAUUCCUUAUCCUCAGCUGCCAGUGCUCGGCAGUCUCGCGGUGGUGGAAGCAGCGGAGUCCGGUUCCUGCGAGAUCUCAGCGGCGCAUCAUCGUCUCUGGGUGCUUUGGAUUUCAAUAAUGGUCAUAGUAAUACUGCACCAGGCAAAUUAGCAGAAGGGCUGGGUCUUGAUGCGCACAAGUAUAUUGAGAGCCUUUUGAGUUUGAAUAAAUAA